AUGGCAGAUGCUCCUUUCAGCUCGUAGCUCUGAGGCAAAACAAAGUGUUUUUCAGCUCUUGUCCUUCCCUGGUCUGGAGAGUAGGGAAGACACUCAUGGCUUUGCGUGUCAUUAGAGGAAUGGAGGACCUGGUGGCGUCAGGCGGUCAGUUUGCCUGGAGCUUGGCCCAUCAGACCCUGAGAAGGUGGUGCUAUCAAGGCCUGAUGCCCUGCAGACGCUUCCUGGAAACCUGGUUCAGGAUUGGGAAAUGCUACCAGAUGACUGAAGGGCGACUUUGUCAGAUUCUACUCCUCGAUGGAAGGAAUCUGGAGCUGCUGGUGCAGCCUAAACUACUGUCCCGUGAACUUCUUGACUUGGUGGCCUCACAUUUUAACCUGAAGGAAAAAGAGUAUUUUGGAUUGUGCUUCAUAAAUGACACUGGCCAGAAUAACUGGCUCCAGCUGGAUCGUAAAGUCCUUGAUCAUGACAUUUCCAAGACUUCGGGGCCUUUGGAGAUCAAGUUUCUUGUUAGGUUUUAUAUCGAGAAAAUCACCUACCUUAAGGAGAACACUACAGUGGGACUCUUCUUUCUGAAUGCAAAAUAUCUUGUAUUUAAUGAGACCAUCGAAGUCGAGAGUGAGAAUGUUUUCAGGCUAGCCGCAUUCGCAUUGCAGGAGGCCAAAGGAAACUACACUAAUGCUGAGACAGCCAGGUCAGACCUAAAGGAACUCCCACUUCUACCAACCAGUGUGUUAAAGGAGCACCCAUCUCUCAAUUACUGUGAAGACAGGGUGAUCGAACAUUACAAGAAACUAAAGGGACAAACCCGAGGACAAGCCAUUGUAAAGUAUCUUGCACUGGUGGAGUCUUUGCCAACAUAUGGAGUUCAUUAUUAUCAAGUGAAGGACAAGCAAGGAAUACCGUGGUGGCUGGGAGUGAGUUACAGAGGCAUUGCUCAAUACGAUUUACAGGAUAAACUGAAACCAAGAAAGUUGUUUCAUUGGAAGCAGUUGGAGAAUUUGUACUUUCGUGAGAAGAAGUUCGCAGUGGAAGUGAAUGAUCCGCACAGAAAAACAGUAACCAAGCGAACCUUCGGACAGUCUGGCCUGGUUAUUCACACAUGGUAUGCCAGCCACUCGCUGAUUAAAACCAUCUGGGUGAUGGCCAUCAGCCAACACCAGUUCUACCUGGAUAGAAAACAAAGCAAAUCAAAAAUGACCACGGCCAGGAGCUCAGGAGACAUCGCCGUUGAUCUCACACAAAUCUGUGCCCCGCAGAUCAGUAAACUCUCCAGCAUUGAGAGCAAAGACCCACUCAUCAUGGCUAGCAGUGGUAGCCUCAUCUCAGCUGGUUCUGCAGAUUCUGAAGUAAGUGAUGAGCAGAAAAAAGAGAAGGUUGUUGAGUUAAAAAGGAAAGAAAAAGACCUCCAAGAAAAGCUGACGAAGAAACUUCAGGAACUGAAAGAGAUCUGCUUAAGAGAGGCCGAGCUAACAGGCCGUUUACCUAAAGAGUAUCCUAUGGACGCAGGAGAGAAAGCUCCCCAAGUCCGACGCCGUGUUGGUGCAGCUUUUAAGAUCGAUGACCUUUUUCCUUAUGAUGAGGACCCACAUCUAAGGAAUCUUGAGAGCAUGUUUGCCUUGCAGCAGAAGAUUGUGGAAGCAGCCUUUAAGCUAGCCAGCGAGGGUGAUCUUUGCAAGACGGUGAGGAAGAAAAGGAGAAAUAACUAUUUGGAUGCAAAAAGGAAGCUGGGGGAAAUAGACAGGGAGAUCAAUGCCUACAGGAUCAAAAAAGGACAGAAGCCCACACAGAGAGCUUCACUGGUCUUAGCAGAUGACGUAAACCGUUCAGACCUCAGUUCUUUAUCUGACAGCCUCACUCUGGAUGAUGAUGAUGAGUUUAGUUCCCAAAGGCAGCGGCCCACGUCUGUGCAGUAUUCUCCAAGGCCACACCAUGCAGACACUUUGGACAUCCAGUACAACAGAGAGCAACGCACUUCUGUCAAUGACCAGCAUGCAGACAGCAGAUUUAAUUAUGAACCUGUCCAGGAAUCACUGCAUUACAGCCACCACGAAGCUCUAUCAAGCCACAGCAGCCCCUUUAAAUCUGCUUCCAGACAGCCACGUGAUGCCCGAAGCAUGCCACCAACGCCCCUCCUCACCCGCAAUGCCCUCAGCAGCACCCAGCUCAGAUCAGAAGAUGCUCCACAACAUUUUCGCCAGCGCAGCGGGAGUUUAGAGUCCCAGUCUCAGUUCCUAACUGUGAAUGAACCCCCCGUGCCAACAUUCACCUUCACUGCUCCUCGCCGCAGCAACAGCACAGAGGUCCUGGAUGAUGGUUCUUCUUACACAAGCCAGUCCAGUGUGGAAUGCAGUGUUCCAGGCAACCACAACCAUAGACGCAGAACUCGGGGUCGCCACAGAAGAGACUUGUACGCCAAUACUGGGAGUAUGCCCAACCUGGCUCAGCCAGACGCCCAUUGCUACGCCUAUCAGCCACGAAGCAGACCGACUACCACAGCCUACUACGUCACAGGAUAUCCCAGCUACGUCGGCUCAGAGCCAUACUCUAACGGAGUCUACAUGUACGAUAAUGAGAUGGAGGGCCAUUAUAAUGUCAAUCCUUAUUCCCACAUCCAAUCGGAUUAUCACAGCCAAUAUGGUAAUGAUGAGAUGGAUGGCAUUUCACAUAAUCCUUACGCCACACUGCGACCGCCAAGGAACCGCCACAUGCCCUGCAGCAACGAACAAGCCACCAAGAGUAUGCAGAAGGCUGUGGUGGCUGAGCACCUGAGAGGCUGGUACCAACGUAACGCUGCUAACAAACAAGCUACUUACAAUUACGACUAUGACAGAGGCUCCCAGCAAAGCUUGGGCUACCAGACCAUGCCUGCACCCUACAACUACAACAACAGAAACAACUCACCAGUUUCUCCUGUGUCCUCUACUGGGAAUUGGCAUGGUCACAUAACUGGUGGUAUGUUUGACUACAGUAUGCCAAUGCAAGCACCGCAGUCGUACCCAUACAGCACAGGUCCAUACAGUCACCCAACACACAGCAGGUCCUACAUAGACAUCAGCAGCCAUGUGCAGACUUCCAUGGAGCCGUGCGACAAGAUUUACUGGCAUGAGGACUCCAAACCAGGAACCAUUGUGUAGUUGCCUAACUUUUCACCAUUGACAGAUUUGUCAAUGUGCCUUAAAUAUGCACUUAACCCUUUACUUUUUAUGUGUGAGUGUAUGGGAUCCAAAGAAUGAAGGAACUCAACGGCAUCUUCUGACCAUCAAGACAACAUCAGUUGCCAAAAACAAACCACACUGAAAUUAUAUGGAGUGUUUUCAUGCGUUGGGAUCGUGUUUGUAGUGACAGCACUCACACAGAACACAUCUGUCCCACAACCUCCUGUGGUCUGUGUGGCACAGCCAAAGGCAAUGUGGACGAAAGCCUCUCCAGUGUUUUCCACCGUCACAAGAUGAAGACUAAGUCGUACUGAGCAUACUGAGCCGUAAACGAUCAAGGACCGAGUGAGUCAUACUGUUCUUACACUGACGUACACACGUACGUGAACAACGUUACCAUGAAGGAUACGACAAAAAUCGAUGAGAACAUCAUCAAAAAUGAAGGAUUACAAGUGGAGAAGAAUUUAAAAAGAAAAAAAAGAACUGGUUCAUCAUCUCCUAGAACUGUACAGUCACCAGAUCUGGUUACAUCAGUUUGUGCUUCCUCUACUCUGAGUAUAUUUGACAGUGAGUCCAUCUCACUGUUAGAAAAACAAAACAAAAAAAACAACACACCUGAGCCAAAUAAUACUGCUCUGCCUCACCUAAGAGUAUUCUGUAAACCAUUCAACAUGGAUUUUACUGCCACAUCUGAUCAGUCGCCUCAACAACAACAAAAGUCAAGAUUGCCUUUUGUUUAAAUGUCUAGAUUCUCCUGCUCAUCCAUGCUGGACAUCAUGGACUGGUGCUCCUGUGUUUGUCUCAGAGAAUGAAGCUGUAUGUAAAUGUUGCUGUUGUAAAUACACUAGUUCAGUCUGUUUUGUAGAGCAUUUUAUAUGGAUUUGAAAAGCAUGUAAUAUAUAGUGACACAACUGUUAAGCUGGUUCUUAGUCAUUUUUAUGAUUACUUUUAUUGGAAUAAAAAACUAAAUCAGCA